GAAUGCUUUUGGGCGUGAUACGUGAGGUGUCAGUGACAGUGUAGUUUGUAGUUACCGAACGUGGAUGCACCUCAGUUUAUUUGUUUGUUAGUGAUACAGUGACAGAACUCUAGUGAUAAACAGGCAGGAUGAGAAGUACACUCCCAGUUUUAGCGAUAUGCUGCUUGGCCGUUGCUCGAUCUCAAAAGCAGGAGACUUGUUACGCUGAUAAUCCAAACCCUUAUCUUAAUUUUGGCACAAAGACAGCUUACGAACACGCCUAUAACAAAAAGGGUAUCCAGGCAGUACCAGACUGCCAGCCAAUCCAGCUAUGGCUCGUAGCAAGACACGGGACCCGGUGGCCGAGCGCAGACGACAUUCCAGAGUUUUCACAACUUAACGACAUAAAGAAUCACAUAAUCUCAAACUACAAUAAUAACAAAGGCAGCCUGUGCAUGAAGGAUAUAGAGAACCUGAAGGAAUGGUCAUUCAACAUGUCCCCAGAUCAGGGAGAUAUGUUGACCAAGCAAGGCAGGCAGGAUCUUUACCUGCUGGGAAAAAGGAUCAGAAGCUACUUCCCAGAACUGCUCAACAUCCCUUACUCAGCAGACAAGUUCGUGUUUCGACACACCAACACAUCUCGUACCAAGGAGAGUGCAGAGUACUUUUACCGAGGAGUGUUUGGGAUGAGUUUCGAAGACCAGGUUCCCACCCUCCCCGCACCCAUUGAGGAUGAUCGUCUCAUAUAUCCUUAUAACAACUGCCCAACUUGGGACGCCCAGAGCUCAAGUGCGAAAGAAGAAAAGGCCAAGUUUGACAAGAGCGAGUGGAUGAACAACGUUAUCUACAGCGUCAGCCAGCGUCUUGGCUUUGACUACAACCUCACAAAAGAUAAUGUUAAGGAUAUUUACGAUGGCUGCCGUUAUCAGAAGGCGUGGAACGUCACAGGAACAUCUCCCUGGUGUGCGGCAUUCACUAAGGAGGAAUUGCAGGUGUUGGAGUAUGGAGAAGAUGUGAAAUACUUUUACAAAUCUGGCCCAGGGAAACCCAUGAACAUGCGGCUGGCUUGUCCAUUGGUUAAGGAUUUGUACACAAGAUUCAGUGCUGUAGAGGAGGAGCCCAGAGGUAACCACCCGGCAGCCGUUUUCUACUUUAGCCAUGCUACGAUGGUGGACAUGGUAUCGGCCAGGUUAGGCCUGACUGACGACUCGCUACCACUGACUGCCGACAACUUCCCUGACCAGAUGUAUCGGAAAUUCCGCACCUCUAAUAUCAUCCCGUUUACGGGAAAUGUUCUUGCAGUGCUGUACAAUUGUGCAAGGGGUGAAUCCCUACAGACCAUAUUCUACCAAGCGGAGGACAUUGUACGUUAUCCCGGCUGCAGUGUUGGUCUGUGUGAAUGGAACUACAUCAAGCAACGGUUCUCGUCCUUCACGCAAGAACCCUCGUGCGUUGACGACAGUUAUUGCUUCACAAAGGGUGGCGCUGCGACUGUGACGUCCAAUAUAGGUCUACUUGUAGCUAUUGUAGUGUUGGCCUAUAGAAUAUAUUAGUAUGCUGAAUAAAUCGUAGCCUAAUCGCAUUAUUACUUGUGAAAUGUGAUGGACGUAACCAUAGACAAAAAAAAUUAAAUAUAGACCGUCAGCUGUGCUGCGGUUACCAUAGGUUUUACGUCUACUUAACUACACGGUGCUCCAAGCGGUGAGCGCCAGAACCUAUGGUAACCAUGGUAACCACAGCACGGCUGACAGUCUAUAUUUAAUUCUUUUUGUCUAUGACGUAACACAGGGUCAAACUUGGUCUGCAUACUUUGCAAUUUUGGUUUGUUAAUCAGGCUAGACCAAGUAAAAAUGGGAUUAAAAAAUAUCUCAUUUUCUAGUGAUAAAACUAGGUUUACUAUACACACAAACUGUAUAUAGAUUUGAAGUUGUCAAGGAAACUUUCCUACUUGUUAAUUGAUUGUUUCUUGUUGGUUAAUUGUGCUUUCACAGUCUGAAUUGUUUGCAACUUUCCUUAGAGUGUGAUGUGUGUGUUUGUUUUAAAUUUUCGAAGCAAUCCGAACGUCUGUACUAUAAAUUAACAUUUUAAAAAUUAGUCCAAUUAAAUAACAACUAACAAAGAACAAUUUUAAUUUAAUUUGUAUUUUGAAGAACAUUGUGAUAUAAUGCUGCUCACAAAAACUUGGUAAGUUUAUAUAGGCUAAUUUUUAUAAGCUUAAGAAAUUUCACUUAUAUUGUUUCAAUACCUAAUAAUUUUUGUGUUACAGAAACAUCGGGUUUGUAAAAAACAAACAAACAACUAUUUUUAUCGAUACAAUGUUUAUGAUGUUGUACAUGAAUAAGGAAUCAUGUUCGACAAUUUGAAGAGAACCUAACUCCUUGACCCUAUUUUAUUUAUUAAAAUUUAACCCUCCCAGUGUUACUUGACGAAAAUUCGACAAGCAGCACACUUUGUGUAGUGUUACUUGUCGAUUUUUCGACACGCAGACAUCGUUUACGGCGAAGGCUCUAUGACUGACUGAAUCGGAUUGAACUGGAUCUAGUUAGGUAUCGUUCUUUCCGUUAUAUUCUAAGCUUUCUCCAGAGGUCUGUCUCAGCGCUGUAUGUUCUCUGAACCGAUCGUAAUUGUAGCAGACAGCUGACGUGUGAAUUAGUAAACAUCUUAGUUAACCUCGGACCGAUGACUGAUGUGUUUUAUUACGUUUAUCAUUGUUUUAGUGUUAAAAAUCAAAAGUAGUGAUAUACGUAAUGCAUUAUAAGAAGUUUUAAGUGGUUUUGAAGUGCUGGUUGAUGAUCCUGAAGAAGUAGGUAGUGAUAUUGAUGUAAAUUAUCAGCCAGAUUCCUAGCUAUGGUUAGGCUAUGCAUUCUUAGCUAAACGCUAUGUACUGAAAUCUGUUUUUUGCCCAUAACUUAUUCAUUUGCAAAUCUACUUCCUUAUAUUAUUAUAUAUUUGUAAUCCUCAUAAAAUUUAUAACAAAGUGGCUAUUUUCAAAUAUUUAUAGGCCUAUAAUUUAUACAAUUUCAUUGAGCGCAAACUUAUUUUUUUUUUGAAAAUUUUCCAAAAAAUUUUUUUUUUACCUAAAAGUUUUUUUUGAAACAAAAUGUUCCUUAUGUUUUAUGUAUAAUAUUGAAGCCCAUGAUUUUCCAAACAAAAUGGUAUAUAGAACAGUAGAAUUAACAUUGUUUUAAGCUUUUCAGAUCCGUUUUAAUAAAACCUUGCAAAUGCGCCAAAAAUAGGCGGACAUUAAGGCCUAAACUAUGGACACUCGGAGGGUUAAGACGGAAGCAAAAUAAAUAGCCUCUUCAAAGUUACAGCAUAUACUAACACUUAAGAUGAUGUCGUUCAAUCAUUAAAGAAACAUUAUUCAUGCGUAUAAAACUAUAUGGCGUUGUGAUAUAAACGAAUGCAAUAAAAGAUAUACUAUAUACUACAGUAAUUUUAUAAAGAAAAUUCAAUUCACACUUUGCAAAGAACUUUUAAAGGAUUCCUGAAGAAUUUUGAUGUACAGUAUGUAAGUAAAUAAAUAUAUUACUUGUUUAAUGGUUGUAAAUGUAAUUGAGUGUACUUGUCUAAAAGGAAUAGUAUCCGAACAAGGGUUUUAUUUAUUUACCAAAUAGAAUUUUUGUUAUUAUUUUAUUAUUAAUGUUGACUUAUAACUAGGUAACAAUGUAGAAUAGUAACACAAAUUUUAUUGUUGAUUCAGGACAGGGUGAUUGUAUUAUAGACAAAUAGAAUAAAUAUAGACUGUCAAAGGAAGCUUCCGGCGUCCACCGCUAGGAGUGCCGUUUAGUUACGGCACACACCGCUGCAGGCAAAGAGCACAUGGGCCGUAUGCUUCCAGCAGACGCUGCAGCGGUGUGCGCCGUAACUACACGACACUCCUAGCGGUGAGCGCCGGAACAUAUGCUAACCGCAGCACUGCUGCCGGUCUAUAUUCAUUCUAUUUGUCUAUGAUUGUAUGCAGUAUUAAGGAAACUUUUUGGUAGGUAUUUAAUACCACAUUACUAAGUUUUGUGAUUAUAAUAAAAUUGCUUUAAUUAAUUGUGUAAAUAGGUCAGUAUCAUUCUAAUAUUAUUCUUCACAGAUGAAUUUAUUACAUUGUAAAUAACUUAUAAUAGACAGUUUGUUGUUAAGUUUUACUAGGUUUAUUUAAAUAGUUUAGACAAUGUUAAGAUUAUUUUUGUUAGCCUAUUUGAUUAGUUUAUUAUCGAUCAAGAAGCUAUUUAGCCUAUGUUUUGUUAAAACUGAAUUAACUACAGCAAGGACUGUGUUUUGGUUUAUUUAAAUCAUCAAUUAUUGUAUAGGCCUAUGUGUGUUUAAAUACGAUGUCAUUUAAGUUAAAUUAUUCAACAUACGUAAUGUUUUUGUCUAAUGAUUUACUUGAGUUUUAUAAAAGGAUUUUAUUUUAUUAAAAAGUUUUAUU